AUGCUUUCUUCAUUUCUCUUUCUUUCCCUAGCUAAUACUGCUACCAAAGACCAUGUCUUGGCUCAUCUCAACUUCGUCUUGCUGCUUUUCUGCGUAUCCAUCUUAGUCAUCUUCACCAAAUUCAAAUCCAACACCAGCACCAGCAGCAAGGGAAUGCACCUUCCUCCAGGCCCAGCUCCAUGGCCACUACUCCGAAAUCUUCCUGACUUACUCAAGAACAAGCCAGUUUUCCGGUGGAUACAUGGAUUCAUGAAAGAAAUGAACACCGAAAUUGCAUGUAUUCAGUUGGGCAACGUUCAUGUUAUACCGGUGAUUUCUCCAGAGAUUAGCAGAGAAUUUUUGAAGAAACAUGACGCAAUAUUUGCGUCCAGGCCUGUUACAAUGGCGUCUGAGUAUUCAAGCGGUGGCUUCUUGACAAUAGCAGUGGUGCCAAAGGGAACGCAGUGGAAGAAGAUGAGAAGGGUUGUUGCUUCUGAUGUCAUUAACGAAACAACAUUUAAGUGGCUGCAUGACAAGAGAGUGGAAGAAGCCGACAAUCUUGUUCGAUUCAUUUAUAACCAGUGUAAAACCUUCACUAGCCCAUCAAUUAUAAAUGUAAGAAACACAGUCCGUCAAUACAGUGGAAACGUCAUUAGGAAGAUGAUCCUCAACACAAGAUACUUUGGCGAAGGAAAGAAAGAUGGAGGACCUGGAAUCGAAGAGGAACAACAUGUUGAAUCCCUCUUCACUGUACUUGCUCACCUCUAUGCAUUCUCUUUGUCUGAUUACUUCCCAUGGAUGAGAGUGCUGGACUUAGAUGGGCAUGAGAAGACUGUAAGGCAGGCUAUGAAUACCAUUGACAAGUACCAUGAUCCCAUCGUGGAGAAUAGAGCAAAACAAUGGAGGAAUGGGGGGAAGAAGGAGGCUGAGGACCUUCUAGACAUUUUCCUUUCAAUCAAGGAUGCACACGGUGAACCACUGCUGUCUGUGGCAGAGAUCAAAGCCCAAUGCACAGAGUUGAUGCUUGCUGCAGUGGAUAAUCCAUCAAACGCAAUAGAGUGGGCAAUGGCAGAGAUGAUCAAUCAACCAGAGGUGUUGCGAAAGGCAGUGGAAGAAAUAAAUAGAGUGGUUGGAAAAGAGAGACUGGUUCAAGAAUCGGACUUUGAGCAGCUCAACUAUGUCAAGGCCUGUGCAAGGGAAGCAUUUCGGCUGCACCCUAUUGCACCCUUCCAUCUCCCCCAUGUCUCCACUUGUGAUGCAGUUGUUGCUGGCUACUUUAUUCCCAAAGGCAGUCAUGUCCUCCUCAGCCGUCUGGGCCUGGGCCGGAACGGUAGAAUCUGGGAAGAACCACUAAGGUUCAAACCGGAGAGGCAUCUGAGUGAAGGUACAGGGAAAAUGGUGGAGUUGACGGAGCCAGACCUUCGAUUCAUUUCCUUCGGCACUGGAAGACGUGGGUGCCCUGGAAAAGCAACGGGGUCUGCCAUGACUGUGAUGCUGCUAGCACGGCUUCUCCAAGGAUUUACUUGGAGUGCACCACCGGAACAAAAGGAGAUUGACCUCUCAGAAUCAAGAAAUGACCUCUCUCUGGAAAAACCACUGCAUGCCGUUGCAAAACCUCGUUUGCAUGCAUCCCUCUACUCAGCUGCUUACCAAUAAAAUAAAACGCUAAAUCUCAGGGAAAACUAUUCCCAAUUGCUUUUGAAGCAAAUAAAUAACAAUAAUUUGGACGUAAUUUUUUAAAUAAGU